UUAUUGCUAAUAAUAAUAGUAACAAGUGUAACAGCUAAACUUGAAUCACCACCAAGAAUUGUAGUUCAUCCACAAGCUGAAGAGUUAUUGUUUACAGUUGCAAAACCAGAGCAACCUCACUCGCCAUUUAAAAUAGCAUGUCAAGCAGAAGGUGAACCAUCUCCAAUAUAUUAUUGGAAAAAAAAUGGUGAAAAAUUUGACUAUCAAGAUUACGAUAAUCGUAUAUUUCCAUUACCAGAAAAUGGUACUUUGAUAUUUCGAAUUCCCAGUGAAGUUGAUCAAGGACAAUAUCAGUGUUUUGCAGAAAAUAAAUACGGAAUCGCAAUAUCAAAUUCUGUAUUCGUCAGAAAAACAUAUAUAAAUGAUAUUUCAAAAGAAGAUAAUGGAAAAUUAAUACUGACUGGUAAAGAAGGUGAGCCAUUUGGUAUUGACUGUAAUAAACCAGAUGGUAACAAGCCUGAAUCUUAUCCAUCACCAAGAAUAAUUUGGUUUUUGUAUUAUCCAGAAGAUAAUACAACAACUAGAAUUUCAAGAAAUUACAGUUCAAGAAUAACUGUUGAUCCAACUGGUACCUUGUGGUUCUCCAAUUUAACAGAACAAGAUGGAUCAAAAAAAUUUUGUUACAUGUGUUAUGCUGUAUUGGAUAAUCAAAAUAUUUAUCAAGAAGUUAAUAAAUAUUUUGUUGAUGUAAUAAAAUUAAAUUCAACAAAUAAACAUGUUUAUUAUCCACCAAAAAAACAAUAUGUUAGUCGAAAUAUUGCUGCGUUGGCUGGUGAUGAUGUAGAAUUGUUUUGUAUAUUUGGUGGAACUCCAAUACCAAAAUUAAGCUGGCAUAAAAAUAAUGCUGAAUUGAUUGAUAAUUCAGAUCAUUAUUCAUUACGUAAUAGUAAUAAAUCAUUGCUCAUUAGAAAUAUUACAAUUGAUGAUCAAGCAAUUUAUUCUUGUACUGUUCAUUCAAUAUACAAUGCAAUUAAUAUUUUCGUUCAAGAAAAACCGUACUUUACAAUUAAACCAGAAAUUAUUAUUACCAAAGAAAAUGAAAAUGUGACAUUUCAAUGUCAAGCACAAGGCACACCAAGACCAGAAAUUAAAUGGCUUUAUAAUGGUAAAUUAAUUACUGAU